UCGAGGUUUCCAGAUAAUCGUGAUUGACUUGAUAGUGUAUACUUUAUUGAUCUGCAAUGCAACACGUGAAUUUACCGGUUGGUGAUCUAAUUUCAGCGCUUACACAAUAACCUUUGGGAAGGCAAUAUGUAAACAAGUAAAAGUUUGGCUUUCCUGGAUGCAGUUUUUAUUUAUAUGAUUCAAGGCACAUUCGCUGAAACUCUGCAGCUGGCAUCUUAAAUGUGUAUUUAAAGACGCAAAGGAUGGCGGACAUAAGGACAUAUAACGUUGUAAUUUUGGGAAUAGGAUUUUUGCUCAUUUUUACAGCCUUCACCACCUGUGGAAAUAUCGAACAAACAGUGGUGAAAAGCUUGAAUAACACAACCUUCAUUGGGAGUGGGUAUCACAGCCUUGGAAUAAUAUAUGGAGUUUUUUCAUUCUGUAAUUUAUUAGCUCCCACCAUUGUUGCAAUAAUUGGACCACAGCUCACAAUGUUUUUGAGUGGAAUUCUUUAUAGUGGUUAUAUUGCUGUAUUCAUCAUUCCAUCCACAUGGUCCUUUUAUUUGACAUCAGUGCUAAUUGGCAUUGGAGCAGCCAUGCUUUGGACAGCUCAAGGGUAUGUUCUAUUGGAGAACUCCGAUACUUCCACCAUCAACAGGAACACAGGAAUGUUUUGGGCUUUACUGCAGUGCAGUAUGUUGUUUGGCAAUUUAUACGUUUAUUUUGAUUGGAAUGGAAAAACUGAAAUUUCAGAUAACGACAGAAAGAUUAUGUUUGUGGCCCUGCUGGUUAUCUCAGUUCUCGGGACACUAAGUUUCCUUGCCCUGAGGAAGGUUCGUGAACAGGAAGAUGCUCUCUCUGAAGAGGAGGGCCAGUCUCUGUUAUCAGCACGACUCAUAUAUAAACAAAGAGUAACUUCUGCUGUGAUGGAAGCCAAAACAGAGUUUAAGACCAUUUUGGAUAUCUUCAGAACAAAAACCAUAUUAUUAUUAAGUUUCUGCAUGGCAUACAGUGGUUUGGAGCUGUCGUUUUACAGUGGCGUGUAUGGAACUUGCAUUGGAGCUACGACACAUUUAGGAGCUGCAGCAAAAGGCUUGAUUGGCAUUUCAGGCAUUAUGGUGGGCAUUGGAGAAAUAGUUGGGGGAGGAUUGUUUGGCCUUGUAUUGAAGAAUAACCGUUUCAGGCGCACAUCAGUGGUCUUCUUAGGGAUGGUUGUACACUUUGUGGCCUUCUACCUGAUAUUCCUCAACAUACCAGAUGAUGCUCCCGUGGUUCUCAAAACAAGCUCGCAACAUAAGCCAUAUAUGGCACCAAGUGUGUCCAUUGCCCUGCUGUGCAGCUUCUUGCUCGGUCUCGGGGACAGCUGUUUCAACACUCAACUUUACAGCAUCCUGGGACGUGUGUAUGUUGAACGUAGUGCACCAGCCUUUGCUAUAUUCAAAUUCGUACAGUCCAUUUUUGCAGCAGUGGCGUUCUUCUACAGCGGUUAUGUGCUUCUGACCUGGCAGCUCCUCAUUAUGGUCAUCCUGGGCUUCACAGGAACGCUGUGCUUUUUCAUAGUGGAGAGGUUGCAGAAUGUGUCAGCUGAUACACAGGAGUAUUAGGCCCUUUCAUUGUGCCAUUGCUCAGAAUAAAUAAGCAGUCGUACCACUUGCACUAUUUGAUUGUUGGAAUGAAGAUGAACCGCUUAGCAUAAAACACUACUCAUGAUUUUGUGAGAAGGUGACUGUUUUUUUUUUUCUUUUUGGACCUUAAAGGGACAGUUCACCCUGAAAUGAAAAUUCUGUUAUCAUUUACUCACCUUGAUCCAAACCUGUGAUUUCUUUUUUUUUUUUUUGUCUUAUCUGUGGGAAACAAGAGGAGAUGGAAAAAUGUCCAUGUUUUUUGGAAAAAGAUGCAAUGAAAGUGAAUGUAACUGAGUCAAAGAUGCUGUCUAACAUCUCAUUUUGUGUUCCUUGGAAGAAAAGAAGUCAUAUGGCUUUUCCCACCAACAUGUAGGUGACGUUUUAUUUUUGGGUGAACAAUCCCUUUAAAGUUUAGAUUUACCUAAAACAAACAAUUUCCAAUGUUUACUUGGAUGGAACAAGAACACUUUGUGCACAAUAUUUGAUAUUUAUUUGAUGGAAUUGUAUUGGGAAUUAUUGAAAUCAUGCCUUAAAAAUAUAUUACAUUUACUGUAGGCCUAAGUUAAGUUUCAUAUUUGUAAAAUAAUGUUAGCACAAAAGUCUGGUGACAUCGCCUCGUCACAAUCUCUUCUGUAAUUAACUUCUCAACGGCAAUGAAAAAAAGUUAUUUAAGUGCCUACACAAAGAGGAGUGGUUAGUCUUCUCUGAAAGCAUUUCUCUCAGGGUUGUGCUGUAUGAUUAGGCAAUUUUUAUAUGAUCUGUAAUCAAAAUGGCUAUUGAGAGAAAAAAAAAAAAAAAUUCAAACAUGAUUUUUACACUGUAUAUACACUAUAUACACUAAUAUGUUUCCCAUUGUGAAAUGUUUAGCCUUUUAAACAUUGACUGUGUUUUUAGUUUUGUUUUUUUAACCAUACCAGAUAAGCUGCUUUCUGUAAGUGAAAGUAUUCAUAUAGUGUCCUAAAGGCAAAUAUGUUCUCAUUGUGCCUGAUGACUCAACACAAGUGAAGCAGACAAAUAGAAAGUUUUUAAACAAGAAUCUCACUGUUAUCAUAAAGGUACUCUUCAACACAUAUUUUGUAUUCUAUUUUAAUCGCAUUUUGUAGUGGAAUCCAAUACGUAUUUCUCUUUACAUUGCAUCAAAUGUGCUGAGCACUAAUCAUACCUUGUUAUACAUGCUGCAGAGUACUAUACAAUACAGAAUUAUAAUACAGCUGUUGUGCUUUUAAACAAUUGUAAAUGCUAACUGUCAGUUCUACAGCAUUGUGCAACUGUCUGUUCUGAUCAUAUUAUGGUAUCUUUGUUUGUAUCAAGUAAUAAUGCAUACGUUGACUUCAUGGUUAAUUAUAUUUAGGUGUCUAGUUUUAGGUUAUAUUUCAUUUGUUCUCAAUGUGUCAAAGCUUUCAAAAGUUGGUUGUGUACACCUUUGGAUUUUUAGAAUUUAAAUCCAUGACAUUACAUUUUCUUUUCACAUGCAUACUCAUCUACUUGAUCCACUUGUCUGUCAAACACUAGCCAACUGAAAACGUUUAUUUCACUACAUUGCAGCUAUGCAAUAAUUUAUAAGUGUCAUAUUGUAAUACUUGUAAUUAUCCUUCUGCCAGAAUUUGUUAAUUGACAAUAAAGAUGUAAUAUGAAACAUUUUAAUGCAUUUCAAUAAA